UGGAAACAUAUAAAAUAAGGUGAGACAGAUACAAGACUAGUUGUGAGGACAGAUAGACGAAGCUGAUAAACCGCAAUGUUCAAAUCAGGAUCUAUUAGCGUUCUGUUGAUGACUCUCCUUAUUGGGAGUGGACACUUCUUAACAAUGGAAAGAGGGUUUGUUGCUGCCCGUACAAAUGUCACUGUGCAUUGUCCUAUGCCUAAACCGUGUAAUGUGUAUGGCUUCACUGAUUGGUACAAAGUGGGCAGUGACUGUGUCAAAUACUUCAUGACGCCUCUCAACUUCACCGAAGCCGAGUUCAGGUGUAGGACCACAGCCCCUGAUGCACACCUGGUGUCCGUGCAUAGUAAAAAGCAUAAUGAUUACUUGCUCUGCAUUGUGGAAAAAUUCAACCCAAAGAACUUGCGCAUCUGGCUCGGAGGCUUUGAAUUUUUGAAGUCUGGUAAUUUUUUUUGGCUUGAUGGAUCCUUCUGGAAUUUUCAAAUUUGGACACGUGGUGAGCCCAACAACAUGUACACUAGCUCGGAGGAAUGCGUUGAGAUGAACUGGAAAGAGAUUGGCAGAUGGAAUGACGAUUCUUGUUAUGUCAAGAAAAACUACAUAUGUGCCUUCAAACAAAAUGCCAGCUUGAAACCAGGCUCUGAGAAGAUGAAGUAGUUUUUAUCUGUGUAUCAUCCCAUACAACUUUCUGAAUAAAAUUAUUUACUCUGCAUCAAAAAAAGAAAAAAAAACUUACAAUAAAAAAAAUUCUUCAAAUUGCUUUAAAAUUAUAAUAAAGAAUGUUUGCAAUCAAAA